AUGUUUGAUUCCUUGGCUAUCUUCCAGGAACUUAUGGAGGAAAUGAGCUUAUAUGUGCUGACGUUCGAUAGGGCAGGAUAUGGAGAGAGCGAUCCAUAUCCUUCCCGAUCGGUCAAGAGCGAAGCGUAUGAUAUUGAAGAACUUGCUGAUAAGUUGCAGAUUGGGUCUAAAUUCUAUGUCAUAGGGAUCUCGAUGGGUGCCUAUCCUGCCUAUAGCUGUCUGAAUUAUAUACCACAUAGGCUGGCUGGAGUUGCCCUGGUGGUUCCAUUUGUGCACUACUGGUGGCCAUGUCUACUUGCAAACCUAUCGAGGGACGGCUUACAGAAGCUUCUUCCCAUGGAUAGCAGGGCAUUUCGCGUUGCUUACUAUGCUCCUUGGCUGUUCCACUGGUGGAUGACCCAGAAAUGGUUCCCUUCCUUGAGCCUCACCGCUGGAAACAUGGCCGUCUUCUGCCCUCAAGACAUGGAGAUGAUUGCUGAGAUGUCGAAAUCUCCAAAUCCACAUCAGGAGAAAGUGAAGCAGCAAGGUGUUCAUGAAUCUCUAUACAGAGGCAUACUUGCCGGGUACUCGAAAUGGGAAUUCGACCCCACGGACUUGAUCAACCCAUUCCCCAACAACGAUGGGUCGGUCCACAUCUGGCAAGGCGCGGAGGACAGGAUCAUUCCUCGCGAGAUAAAUCGUUACUUGACAGAGAAUAUUCCGUGGAUUCAGUACCACGAGGUUGAAGAUGCUGGGUAUUUGUUCAUCUACCAGAAGGAGAAGGUCGAGACGGUUUUACGAGCACUGGUGCAGGCCGGACUAGAAGCCUAA